AUGAAUGAACCAAACCAGCAUCAAGGAACCACCAACAACAACGACAAUACGACGACCGCCAUGGUGCUAGCGGUGCCAACCAUGAUUCCCGCGGAAUGGUCUCCCCCUCUUCCUCCUCUUGAAGGAGCCAGCAGCAGCAGCAGCAGCAACAGCAUGGCAAACAAGAUGGCGGAUCAGAUAAAGUUGGAAAACAUGCGACUCUUUGUCAAUGAAGGUAUUACAAGAGUAUCUAGUAUGCUAGACGCCAUUUGUAUUUUGAACGAGACUCGAGUCCAACAGCAUUUGGCACAAUACCAAACUCCAUUGCAGGCAGCCACGACGACCCAUGCCAUUCAAGAACUGCAAAAUUAUACCCAAAUGCAUUGGCAUCAAGUGACUCUGGUCUAUCAAGAAUUUUGGAACAUGCUGGGAUACCGCGGCCCUCCUGUUGCUGCUGUUACUACUGGUGGUGCUCCUCACGAUAGUACUACUCAGGAUAGUGCACCACCAACAACUACUAUCAGUAUUAUGGACGAAGAAUCAUCAUCGUACGAGGAUGCCGGUAAUGGUGGUGAUGGUGGAAUCAUUGUCGAAAUCUGA